UUUUAGUCUAAGACAAGAGAGCAAACAAGACAAGUUGUCAUUUCCUCAUUUUCAAGCCUUGCUCCUCGUGAGGCCAGAGAUCUCUUUCAAGCUCCAGAUUGUAAAGGUUUCCUGGGUGAGCAGGGGGUCUCUGUUCCCAUCUCCAGGGGCUCUUGGAUGGGACCUUGCUCUGGAAGGAGCCAUGGACCUCUGGCUUUGGUCACUUUGCUUCUUGCCAGAGUUUGCACAGUCUGGCUGCUUCAGUGAACUACCAUAGACAGCGUGACUUCAACAGUAGGUAUUUCUUUCUUCCAGUCCUGGAAACUAGAAGCCCAAGAUCAAGAUGCCAGCAAAUAUUGCACUUGUGGCUGGGGCUCUGAGGAUCCUCCCAGAAGUAAAGAUGGAGGGAAUGCUUGGUGGAUCCAUUACCAUUGAGUGCCCACUUCCCCAAAUGCACGUGAGGCUCUAUCUGUGCCGGGAAAUAGCCGAAUCCGGAGUAUGUGCCACCGUGGUAUCCAACAAGAACUUCGUCAAGGAAGAGUACAAGCACCGAGUCACCCUGAAGCCUUGUCCAGAUAGGAAGCUGUUCCUAGUAGAGGUCACCGAGCUGACCAAGAGUGACAGUGGCAUCUAUGCCUGUGGAACCGGCAUGAACACAGACCGGGGCAAGACCCAACAAGUCACCCUGAGUGUCCACAGUGAGUAUGACCUAUUCUGGGAAGAGGAGCCGAUGCCUGAGCCUCCAAGUUGGUUUCAUAAAUUCCUACACAUGCCGAUGCCCCCUUGGUUCAAGAUGCCCCCACCUCCCAGUUCUUUCGAAUUCAUCCCUAAAGUGGUAACACCAGCUCCAAGGACUGAGGCCCCUCCAGCAGUUCACUCCUCCCCCCCGAUCCCAAUCUCUCACCACCUUCGAGUUUCCAGAGCAUCUUCAGUAGCAGCUUCCAAGCCCCCAACCCUCCUGCCCUCCACCAUAGCCUCAAAGACCUCAGCUCCGGAGGCACUGCCGAGGCCCCAGACGGCCAGCUACAACUACCACACCAGGCUUCACAGGCAGAGAGCCUUCCACCAGGACCCCGUGCCUGGGUUGGAAGACCAAGGAUUUCACAUCCUGGUCCCCACCACCCUGGCCCUCAUCCUGCUGGCACUGCUGGGGCUGCUGAUGAAAAGGGUCAUUCAGAGGAGGAAAGCCCUCUCCAGGCGGGCCCGCCGCGCGGCCGUGAGGAUGCGCGCCCUCGAGGCGUCCCAGCGGCCUCCGCCGCAUCGGCCCCGCGGGUCGCAGCCGCCGCGCUCGCAGAACAACAUCUACACCGCCUGCCCGCGGCGCGCUCGAGCGGCGGACGCGGAGGGCGUCCCUCCUCUCCCCGGCUCCCGACCCUCGGCGCCACCUGUCGCUCCGCAGGCGUCUGAAGUUCUCUGGCUCCACGCCCCGUCUCUGAAGACCAGCUGUGACUAUGUGAGCUGCUACCGUGAGCCUGCUGCCAACGCGGAGGACACAGAUUCGGAUGACUAUGUCAAUAUUCCUUACCUGACUCACCUAUCCAGCUGUCCCCCUGGGCCCAGACCUUGGUGCCAAUGAGCCCUAUCUAGCUGCUUGUUUCCAAUACUUGCUCUGUUUUCAGAGCCCUCAUUACCUCCUGCACCAGCCUCAAGUCUUGUUCCUGUCUCUUCAGAGAAUAGCUCAGUAGCCCCCUCCCAGCUCUUCUUGCGCACCUCUGCAGCCACCCUGUGGUUUUCAGGUGGGCUCUGGGCAUGCAGAGCAUUUGUCUUGGUUGCACCAGCUUCCUCUCCAAGCCGUGGAAUCUGCAGAGCGUCUUUGAUCACAGGAUCUUUACUGCCAUGGCUCCGGACCCAUGGCAUCAGGCUGGAGCAUAGGCAUGGCUGUGGCUUUGGGAGACUUUCUCAGGCUUGGGCGUCACACCAGUGGAAGGCUCUUGGACCUCGUAGUGAGGGAUGCCUCAGUCCUGUGAGUUACGAAAGGGUCAGGUAUGAAAUGCCCCUGCUCCUUUGCCCUGAUCUUGAGGCAGCCUCUUACUAGUGAGCUUCUGUACAUCUUGAGUCCGAUGGUGAGGACAUUUUCUCCUGAUGUGAUGAAAUGUAAAUUUUCAGAACCACGCUUGUUAGUGUUAGUGAUCAUAUGUAUACAUGUCCCUAAAUUCUCUUUACUGUCUCCCUCCCUUGAUGCACAUAAGUACCCUGACCCGUGUGUCUCCCCUGUUUUAAAAAUAGCAUAGUUUGUGUCAUCUCUUUAUCUUUCUUCCAUGGCUUAGCACUAACUUUGUGUACCUAUCUGAAUGUUGGUCUGUUUUGGUCACCCCAAACUAUUACAUCUCUGCUUCAGAAAUGCCCCCUCAUUUCUUUGCCAUGUAAUCUGUGCCAAGGUAGGGGAGGAAAGUGGCUUCUUGGAGGGCCAGGUGCUCUGUAAUAGCACUUACGUCAUGAAAGGAGAGAGAUUGGCCCUUCACCAUAUACUUUCUCAUCAGUUUUCUGGGCCAGGGCAGAGGCAGACAUUGCAUCUCUGGACUAAAGUCAACUACAAAGUCCAUUCAGAGCUUGAGACUAGAGAACACCCAGUCUUGCUGUUGAGAAGAAGACCUUUCCUGGAUGCAUAACUCAGCCUUACUGGGCACUUGUCCACACUUAGAAAGAAGAGGCUGCCAGAAAUGAGUCUCCUGCCUUUUAUUAGCAGAGAGAUUGGACAGUCCAUCCAGGUAUGAUGACACCACCAGCAGUGUCAACUUGACAAUGGCACCCUCUCAAGUGGCUGAUAAGAAUGUAUAGUGUAAGAGAGGAGGGGCCCCAAUGAGAAGGGAUGAUGGAAAUGGGGUGGGGAGAAAUGAAAUGUUUAGUGAGGCUGCAUUGUGCUGGGCACUUAGCCUGCGUUGUAUCUUCUAUCAUUUACCUUUCAAACUGAUGCCCCUCACCUCCACCCCAAUGCUCUGUUCCUACAGAUCUCGUGGCAGUAUGGUUUCUAGCCCAUGAAGUUCAACCUCGUAUCCCAGCACCCCCUCAUUGAUCCUCAAUAAUUCAAAUACAGACAAAAAACCCAGUUUAUUAAGCAUUUACUGAGCACUCAUCCACUGUCCCACACGGUGUCAAGCAUUGUGGAGAAUAAAAAAGAAGCAUGGGGCACUGUCCCUGCUGCCUACACAGAAUUUACGAUGUGACAAAUAAAUAUGACAUCAGUUAAAACACUGACAGGAAUUAAAUAGAGUGGUAAUAAAUACAGAAAUCUACCUUGUAGAUCAUUCACAGCA